AGCUGUUCACAGCCGUCAAAACGAAACAGCCACGGGUGCCAGCUGGACAUUGGGGUUAUAUGAUACGUAGUAAUUAUUAGAACGUCCGUAGUCGAUUUAUUCUUUUGUUUCUAACAAGCAAAUGCUCACACGACAUAUCACAUUCAUGCAACAAUUUCACCCACCCAUACUGUUGUAAACUACGCAGACGAAGAAUGGCCAAGUCCAUUGAAGAGGUUGAGGAUUUAUUCAGCACAAGUCAUACUAACGAACCAGUCAAAGAAGAUGCAUCGCAGCCAGCAAAUCCUACAGUAUCGUACGACGAUAUCGCAACCAAGUUACUUAACGAAAGACUAUUACUCACCGCAUUGGAGAUGCACGCUGAAUUAUGCGAAGCAGGAAGUGAACUGCCUAUCCUUAGGGAUUAUUUUUCAAAUCCAGGGAACUUUGAGACUCAAAACAUCAAGCCGGAGCCUUACAUUGCUUUGCCUAGGUCACUCAGUCAAGCUACCCUAGACUCACUCGAUAUGACAAGAUAUUCGGAGGACGGUGGCGGAAUAGAUGAACGUGUCGCUAUACUGGAAUUUGAGCUCAGAAAAGCAAGGGAAAAUAUUUCGGCACUUAGGGCCAACCUUACCGUCGCCACAGAGUCUGAAGCAAUGACGCCAGAUACAGGGCUUGACAAACAAAUAGUGAUUGAUUUCCCAAUCAAACCUCACGAACAGCGAGCGCUUAAUUAUCUUGUCAACGAGUACCUCUUAGCUCACUCCUAUAAGCUGACGUCUAUUACAUUCAGUGAUGAGAAUGAAAACCAAGAUUUCGAGGACUGGGAUGAUGUUGGGUUGAAUAUUCCAAAACCUGCACAGCUCUUGCAGAUAUACAGGGAAUUCAUGAGGGCUAGCGGCCACGACAAACCACACUCAGCAAAUGUCAGUGUACAAACAGAAUUUGUUCAAGAUUUGAAUUCGGAAACAGUUGACAAAGAUGAAGAGUUGAAAGAAAUGACUUUUGAAAUACAGCAAUUGAAAGAACAAAGAGCUGUUUUAGAGCGAGAAAAAUCAGAGCUAGAAGGACUUUUAGUUUCGAGUGAAACUGAUUUAAUACUUGGCGAGACAAAGGAUAGCACAGGGACGAUACAAACGAUAAACUCCAACUCAUCAACCCCUGAAAAGUUUGAGAUUCUUGAUUCGAUGCUCCAGGAUAUUUCUAACAUGACUCAAGAAUCUUGUGGAGAUGAUACAACCUCAGUUGUGACUAGCCUGAAUGAAACCGAUCCGGGAGAUCGAGAAUGGACAACGCUACAAUUGCCUAGACCUGAUGUAACGAAACAGCCACGACUGGAUUCUUGUGACUCUUCUUUCAGAAUCUUACCAGCCAAUUUUGAGAGAGAAGUAGUAACUCAUUGCGUGGUGAACACGUCCAACCCUGCAACAGCAUUCAUAGAAGAUCCACUGAGGAAUAGCGUGACUCAGAAAAGUAUUAUUCACAUAUUGACGUACUCUUUGCCCAGAAUAAUACCAAACGUUAUACUUAAUAAAAGAGAAGAGACAAUACCUCUAAUUCUUAGCGCAGUACAACUGCACACGAACAGUCGCGAGAGGGAAAAGUUACUGCAGUUACUUUUUAACCUGAAAAAGAGGCCGCAGGAGGAGGAGAGGUUGAAGAUAUUAGCUGGCUUAGUGGCAAUGGCGAAAUGUUCGAAGACUUCCAUAGAAACUGGUGAAGUUUUGGGCCAGUGUUGGGAACAGAGUCAGCACAAGCAUCUGGAACGAAGACUGCUGGCUGCAGAAUGCUGCUCAGCCUUGGCUCCACAUAUUUCAGGCACAACAAGAAAUUCUUUAAUGCUUUCUAUGCUGCAGCAAAUGCUUCUAGAAGAUACGGAGCCCGUGGUCAGAGCUACUGUUGUCAAGACUCUGGCGCUAUUAGUAGCAUUAAUGGAUGAUCCGGACAAAUAUUUCCAGUGUGAAGAACUGACUCUUACUGCUCUGGAUGAUUCCUCAUCUACAGUGGUUGAAGCUGCAGCUAAAAUUCUUGUACCAGUGAUAGCGCAAUGGGCGCUUACACUUGGAAGAUUUCAGUCCCAUCUGCUGCCACGAAUACUUAGCAAAUUAAGGAGCCAGCUAAAGCCCUCACACCACCAAAAUAUCCAGAACAAAAUUCAUUCUGACGGAGAUAGAGCUGUUGCAUCUAUCAAUGUGCUGCAGUACCUCCUACCGCAUACCGUUGUAUGCGUUGCUAACACUGAGAAUGUCAAAGCAUUUGUUCAAGAAUCAAAACCUUCGGACUUACCAGACGAGUUUUCCGCCCUUUGCCAGCUGUCCCUGUUAAAUCCGAGAGUAUUUUAUGAAGGCGAUAUGGACAUUACAGCUGUGCUUCACGCAUUCUUCGCAAACACAUGGGAAAAUGACACUUGGCCAGAAUUAGAGUGGCUAUCUAAUAAAUUAUUACCAGAUGUAAUUGACGUAGUGAAAUCGAUCAACGUUACCCAAGAAGCUGUUUUGAAUGCUUUCAUCACAUAUAUACAUUCUCUCUGCUGUGCCUUUGGCAGACACAUAACUGUAUCAAAGAUUCAGCCCAUUUUUGCUGCCAAAUUGUCGGAACUUGAGCAACAACUCAUAAUGUUGACAUCCGACAGAGGAGCUCUGAGCUUAAUGUUGAUUCCGGCGUACUUGACGAUUCUAUCGACCCUUGAUGUGACUGAAGUAACGAAAGCAUUGAAUCAAUUUAUUGUUGCCGUGGCUAUAAGCGGCGUCAGCAGUGCAAGUCUACAAAUGGCUGUUAUCAGACUCUGUAAUGAAACUCGACUGCAGGAACACGUUCUUAACGCUCUCUGGGAUGGAGUGGUUCAUCAAAGAUCGACAGUCCGAUGUGCGACUGCAGUUUUAUUCAGUUCUGUAAUAUCUCAUAUUACGGACCAUUUAGCCAACACAAGAGUAGCACCAGCCAUAGUGACACUGGCCAAUGACACUGAUUUAACAGUCAAAGCUGCCGCUAUCCCAGCACUAGCUCAUCUUGUCACUGAGUGUGGAGCCAAAGAGGCAAGGGAUAAAGCGCGGUUAACACUGGAAAUGAUAGCUCGAGAACCACAGGGCAUCCCGUCAUCAUUGGCAGUUUCUUUGGUCACUGCUCUCUCAAGUAUCGCGCCAAACUGUCCCCAAAAUUACACAGAAGAUGUGAUAGCUACCCAGUUAGCGGGCAUAACGGCCUCCGCUCUUCAGCAGGGGCGAAAAAUCGAGCUCACAAAUUCCCUCGUCGAAGCCUACUCGGUCCUUGUCUACUGUCCACUCAGUAAUCAAUGCAUUACCGGUGUUCUUUUGCCUGGGCUUAGGUACCUUGAAGUGCUCGUCAACCAAACCCAACCUCAGCACAUAGAAUUAGUGAAUUCGUUACUCAAGGAGGCCACGUCCAGGCUGGAUUCCGAGAAGCCAUUGGAACGAUCGGCAUCAUCAAGUUCCGGGCUGUCUCUUGCGAUAGCGAACGUGAACGUUGGUCAGGGAGUGGAGGACAUGUGUCAGAGGAUGAGUAUGACAGUUUUCUGACCGCACAAAGCAUUGAAGAAACGUAUCAGUCCAGUCAUUGUGUCCGAAAAGAGGCAAAGAAAGAAAAAUAAAUCGAAAAGUUUAAUUUUUAAACAUUGUGUGGGCGUGGGGGCUUCGAAAACUCAACCUCAAAUUGUCGACCAAGAUUCUCUAUAAGCCUUCUCCGCCAUCUUGAAAAGGGUAAUUUUUUUUUCGAUAACUCGGCUCUUCGACGUGAUACAAAAAUUUCGAUCAUGUACUUUGUUUUAGCUUUUUUUACGCUCUGCAAUUUGAGUUUCAUAAUUUUUUCACUUAUUAUUCAUAGUUGUUGAAACAUCGAACGAAACAGAGAAUAAUUAAGAGAUUGAAACCCGGUUUUUCCAUUUUUACAGCAAUCCUCUAUAGAAUUGCUCUAAUAAAGUUCUCGACAACUUUUGUACAGAACAUUUAUUUUUAUAAUGCAGUUUUUGAUUUAUAGCACAGCAAACCUUUCCAACCAUGGUUAUUGCUGAAUAUACACAUAGUUAACGAUUGAUGAAACUGUAAAAUUGGCCAAAAUCACAUUUGUACAAUAUAGAUUUUAUUCCGAACUUUUCUUCCUGUAAAAUUGAUAUCUUAAGAGAUAUACCUACAGCGUAAACAUUGCGUCGCGUGAGUGAUCAGUGGAAAUGUUAAACGUAACACACGAGUAGAAUUUCAUAAAAUGGCAAAAAAUUUUCAGAACAAUGACAAUACUGUGUAGUGAAUCUGUGAAAAUUGUAAAUAGUGUCAAAAACUACUAAUAAUUUAUAAAUCUUUCUUACCUGCAUAGGUAGAACGUCUUAUACAUCAUGAAAAAUUUUAAAUGCAGUGUGAUGCAAUUGUUUGUACAUCAUGUUAUUUUAUAAAAAUGAUGAUGACGAUAGCAAUAACAACAACGAGAGUGACAAUAAUAUCAAUAAUCAUGAGAGGUCAAAGACGGGGAAGAGAAUAACAGACUUCAAUGGAUGCAAAUUAAUUAAUUGAAGUAAAAAACAGACUGAAAAGUUUAUUGUUUUACAAAAAAUGACGUGUCUCAUGUAUUUCGAUGAUCUGAAAAGAACGGAAUCUCAUACAAAAUCACCCCAAGAGAUUUGCACUAUUUGUAACAUGCAGUUCCCAAAAACACUAGAAAAAUUCAUUCUGGAGUGCCCGAUCUACAACUGCCUUAGAGACCAGUACAUACACAUAUUUCGCAUGCACCAAUUGAGUCUCAUAGGUGUAAUUGAAUGCAAGAACACGGCAGCACCCAAAGCACUGUUCUGCUGUAUGGUAGGAGUGCUAGCCAGCCCUGCGAUCUUAUAUAGCGAAUGAAUAGCGAAUGCCGGCUUAGACUACUUCAACGUUAUCACUAUUUUACAAGUGUAAUCUAUAUAGGGGUGAGGGGA